AUGAGCUGGACUUCUGCAGGGAUCCGCUCUGUAGGAUUGGCUGUAAGGUCCUUUCAAAAGAGUUUAUACUACGGACCAUCUACUAAUCUCGUAAAAGAUGAUUUAUUUUUAAAUUUCAACUCCAUCAGGACAUUAGCUGCUGCUGCUAAAGCUGCGAAUGUUAAACCUAAUUUAAAUGUUGGAACUAUAGGCCAUAUAGAUCAUGGGAAAACCACACUUACUGCAGCUAUUACUCAAGUACUUUCCAAAAAAGGCUUCGCAAAAUCUAUAAAAUUUGAUGAAAUUGACAAAGGUAAAGAAGAAAAAAAACGAGGUAUUACCAUCAACAUUGCUCAUAUUGGGUAUGAGUCGGAUAAUAGAAGAUACUCGCAUACUGAUUGUCCCGGGCAUGCCGAUUUCAUUAAAAAUAUGAUAUGCGGUACAGCUCAAAUGGAUGCUGCGGUUCUAGUGAUUGCUGCUACAGAUGGGGUUAUGGCUCAAACCAAGGAACAUCUCAUCCUUGCUCGUCAAAUAGGAUUAAAGAAUAUCAUAGUGUUCAUCAACAAGGCAGACCUUGUGGAUAACGAUGUUUUGGAUUUGGUCGAAAUCGAAGCUAGGGAAUUGCUGAGUUUACAUGGCUUUGAUGGGGAUGGAUCCCCAGUUAUUCGAGGAUCUGCGUUGAGCGCUUUGGAGGGAAAAGAUGAAUCUUCUGUUGUUGAACUGAUGAACGCUUUGGACAAUGUUCCUGAACCGGAAAGAAAAGAGGAUGAACCUGUAAUCAUGCCCGUAGCCUCGCGUAUCGCCAUAACAGGACGAGGAACUGUUGUUGUGGGAACUUUAGAGAUCGGAACUCUGAAAAAGGGAGAUAAACUCGAAAUAAAAGGAGACGGGUUCAGUCAAACAACUGUGGCUUCUGACAUUCAUGUAUUCGGCAAGAGUGUUAAAGAGGUUAAAGCUGGAGAUCAUUGUGGUGUUUUAUGCCGAGGACUGAAAGCUGAUAGUGUUAAGAGAGGAAUGUGGGCCGGCCAUGUUGGAGCUGUUACCGUUACCAACCAUGUGAAAGCUGAACUUUAUUUAUUGAGUGAAGAAGAAAAUGGCCGCAAAACUGGAAUCCGUACAGGAUUUACUGAUAAAAUGUUCUGCAGUACUUGGGAUCAGGUUGCCCGGUUUGACAUGACGCAGGAAAUGUUAAUGCCAGGGGAACAUUCUCAAGCAGAUGUUUACUUUAUAAGGGAUAUGCCUCUCCGAAAGGGAAUGCCGUUCACACUGAGAGAAGGGAAAUCUAAGCAGACCAUCGCUAGAGGUUUGAUCUCCGAACUAUGUCCUAGUAUAAAGGUGGAAAACUAUAAUCUCAAGAAAGCAGUAGUAACUGAUGCUUAA